AUGCUCGCUGAAGCUGAUGGUCAGGAUAAGACGACCCUCUCGAUAUCAACCGUGCAAGCAGAAGCGGGAAAUCUUAUUCUUGCCGGAUUAGCUACCACAGCUACUACCUUAACAUAUCUGAUCUGGGCCAUCCUCAAGCAGCCCCAACUCCAGGCUGAUUUGGAACGUAAAACCUCCGAGCUCGGUCACGAGUUGACUCUCGAGAAGCUUAAGAAUGCGCCGCUUCUCAAUAGUAUCAUUGAAGAGACGCUUCGUCUAUAUGGCGCUGCCCCUUUUUCUCUUCCACGUGGUAUCCUUGAAAACAAACAGCUCAUCUGUGGUACCGAGGACCUUAUCAAAAUGUGCCAAGUAGCCCUCUGGAGUCAUCUUAUGGCAGUAGCGAGAUACCAGACAUUCUUCGCUGCAUAG